AGCUAUUUAAAUUAAACACUAUAAUGCACUUAUCAUAUCUUUUGUGAUCUAUAAUACGAUAAUUCUAGAACUAUAUAAUAUCAUGAAAUAAAUCCUGAUACUUAAGCUUAAUAAUAGUCCUAAACAUCAUGAGAAUUCUGCAAUUAUUGGGAGUUUUUUUCCUGUGCAGUUUUGCAAACGCUUUAAAUUUAACAGCAAGUUGCACAAUUAGUAAAUUCCAGGAUGUUAAUGCCGUAGUUAGCCAAUGCAAAUCUGUAAACGUUGGAAGCUUUGAAGUACCUGCUGGUCAAACCUUAACACUGCAUUUACAAGCUGGUACUACUCUGUCUUUUAAUGGAAACAUCGAUUUUGGUUAUAAAGAGUGGGAUGGGCCUCUUAUGUGGAUUAAAGGAGAUGGAAUCACGGUACAAGGAUCAAGCAGUCAUUUAUUAAAUGGUCGUGGAGAGCUUUGGUGGGACGGGCAUGGUGACCACAGCAAUAAGAAAAAACCUCAAUUCAUGUUAAUUCAGGCCACUGGUAACUCAGUUUUUAAAUACAUUAAGGUAAAGAACUGUCCACAUACAUGUAUUGGUAUUUCGGAUUCUCAUGAUCUCACUCUUGAUCACUGGACUAUCGACAGCAAAGAUGGAGACACAAAAGGAGGAGCUAAUACCGAUGGUUUUGAUAUUGCAAAAUCCUAUAAAGUAACGAUCAAAGAUACUAAUGUAUGGAACCAGGAUGACUGUAUCUGUGUAAAUCAAGGUCAACAUUUGAUAUUUCAAAAUAUUCAUUGCAUUGGGGGACACGGUUUGAGUCUUGCAGCAGGAAUGUGGAGCACGUAUGAACUGAACACUAUUUACAACGUAACUUUUAAAGACUCAAUUGUGGAAAAUUCACGUAACGCUAUUCAUAUUAAAACUAUACCAGAAAAUAAUAAAAAGGGGGAAAUCUCCCUCAUAACCUACGAUAAUAUAAAGCUUAUAGGAAUCUCAUAUUACGCCAUUAACGUACAAGAAGACUACACCAAUGAUGGACCAACUGGGCACCCUCUUGGAAACAUCCCCAUUAAAAACUUAAAAAUAAAUAACGUCUAUGGAACGAUGACAGGUUCAAACUCAGUUAAAGCUUAUAUUCUUUGUGGAAGUGGAGGCUGCUCGAACUGGAACUGGUCCAACAUUAAUGUUUCAGGAGCUGCUAAGUCAAACUCUUGUAAUUUUACACCAAAUGGAUUUAACUGUUAACUAAACCUUAUAUUUUUACAAAUAAUAUUUACAUAUUUUAAAAUUCAUCAAAAACUCCUACAGUAGUCAUUAUGCCAAACUAAAGAGAUAAUAGAUAAUAAAUUGGUGGUUUUCGAAGAACUGAAUUAUUAUGAGCUCUAUGUAACAUAUUUUAACACGUUGACGGACAGUGCGUCGAAUGUAUAAUCAAGUGUUGUGACACUAUAAUAUGUAUUUUGCAAAGUAGGAUAGGGAAAAAUGCAACGUCUAUAGACUUUGUGUCACAUUACGUCAAUGGAAAUUAGACGUCUAUAGACGUUCUGUCCGUCAACGUGUUAAAUAUAAAUAGCUAUUUUCAUAGUUGAGUACAUAGAGUACCGUAUUUUUUGAAUACAUUAAAACAGUGUACAUUGAUAAUACAAUACAAUGUUAAUCAAAAUUCCUUUCAAACAAAAAAUAAAUGCCGUUUUAAAAUAUCAUCAUAUUAUAAUAAAUAAGCUGAAUACACAGAUAAUUAUAUGUAUUGUUGUUUCUGAAA